GGCCGGCCCUGCCCAGGGCACCGCGGGCUCUACCUGCGCCCGGCGCCCCGCGCUCCGCUCCGGCUCCGCGGGGCUGCGGAAAGGUACGAGCUCGGCGGGCGCUGCAUCCCCAGGAGGGAGGAAGGGCCUCGCGUCGCCCAUCCCAGAUCUGUUUUGUAGGGUAAAAAUGAACGUAGGAGUUGCCCACAGCGAGGUGAAUCCAAACACUCGGGUGAUGAACAGCCGUGGAAUGUGGCUGACAUACGCGCUCGGAGUGGGCAUGCUGCACAUUGUCCUGCUCAGCAUUCCCUUCUUUAGUGUCCCUGUUGCCUGGACUUUAACAAAUGUGAUUCACAACCUGGGAAUGUAUGUGUUUUUGCAUGCAGUAAAGGGAACUCCUUUUGAAACACCUGAUCAGGGGAAAGCUAGGCUACUAACACACUGGGAACAACUGGAUUAUGGAGUACAGUUCACAUCUUCAAGAAAGUUCUUCACAAUCUCUCCUAUAAUUCUGUACUUCCUGACGAGUUUCUACACCAAGUAUGAUCCAACACACUUUAUCCUGAACACAGCCUCUCUCCUGACCGUGCUCAUCCCCAAGCUGCCACAGCUGCAUGGUGUUCGGAUCUUUGGCAUCAAUAAAUACUAAGGAGAAGGUUCCACACUGGCCACCCCUGACAUGGCUCCUGCUGCUCCCUGGGUGAAGGAAACCAGUAGUCUGCUGUGCCCAGUAUCUCGUCAUAGUCAGUCAGAGAUGCCUUUACAUCUGAGAUGCAAUUCCUGCUUCCUGCAGCAUUGUCUGGGAUGAAAGUCGAAUUUAUAAGAAGCUGCCUUCAAAUACUUAAAUGUGAAUUGGAAACCUGUAGAAGAGAGAUUUCCAUGAAGAGCUGGGCAGGCCCAGCUCUAAAGCCUAAUCCCCACUAAGACUCAACAUGUGGCUGAGCAGGUGAUUUGUAAAGAAAGGUGCACGUAACAGCUGAAAUGGAGAGCAGUGUUUCACAAAUGCCCAUUAUCCAUAAUGCAGAUGGUAACUUUACAUAUGAAUCCAGGAUCCUCAAUGCCAGGGACUGGUGAGGCUGCAUUCUUAGGUUAAGUGAAAGUAGCUAGUUCCUGCUGUAUGGAUUGUAGGUGGUUGUGCUUGUUAUUGCAUUGUAAAAGUUUGUCUCACAGUAAGUACUGUGACAGUGAGCAUAAACUGAUGGUGUAAUUCCUGCCUUCUCUGUUCUUGUGAUUUGGUUUUUUUUUUUUGUCACAAUGACCGAAGAAAGUCCUUAACUGCCAGCUCAGGGGAUUUCCACAUCAACUUGAUAGCUCGGUUUAUGUAUGCUUUGGAAAAUUGCCGCUGUUGUGUUAUUUUCAUUUUGCUUAGCAGGACACUGAUUUUUCUAUGUGUAAAAGGGACAUCCUGAAAAAUUGGAAUUUCUUUUUA